AUGGUCCACAAAUCUAGCGCGAGAGUGCCAAUGCCGAAAAGGAGGCAAAAGAGACGGAAACGCCAACGGACUGCCAUUUCUGAUCAGACCAACAUUAGAAAUAGAGACCUCGAGAAAAGAAGCGCGAACGGAGACUCUAAAGAAAAUUUCUGUGAAGAGGUGGAACCAAAUAAGUAUGCUGCAUCCAUUGUAAAGCAGAAGGAGCUAGAGGAAAUACUAAAGAAUGUCACCCAAGGCAACCUUCGGCAAUACUCCAUUUUCAUAACGAACCUCUGUGCAAUCGCCAAAUUCUGCUUGGAGAGGACACCCAGUCUCCUACCAGAGGUGGAGGCCUAUAUGGGGAAACAUGAGGAAUCUGGCCAUGCGCUGCUCACGUUCAUUCUGGAGGGACCGCAUUCCAGCCUAAUACCACAAAAAGACCCGCCGUCGCCUUGGAAGAAAACAAGCUCGAAAGGGCCUGCAACUGAGCCCAAUCCAGCCAAACAGCAGCCUGAGGCUUCCAGCUCUGGUACCCCAGUUGGGCAACAGCAAUCAGUCAUCAUGGCCUGUUUGAAGGGCGCUGAAGGACAGUCCAGCUGCCCAGACCGUCCUCCACAAGCAAUCCAAACAGACCCAACAGGUCUAACAGGGGCUGUCCAACGCCCAGCGCCGGCAUAUAGUGCACCUAUCCACCAGCAGACAUAUCAGCAACCUCUGCAAGAGCACACUCUAAACGGGCAAAUGUCUCCAACCCAGGGCGCUGCUGGGCUCAACUUCACAUCAUAUAGGCAGCAACCGCCACUGGAGUUGACUACAGCAUCAGAGCCAGCUUUGGUCCCAGCCCUGGGGGAACAGAAUCCCCUCCCGACCGGGCAAUUCCCGUCCACAGUACAGCCAGGGAAAGUGUCCCAGUAUGCCUCCAAUGCUGUUCAUCAGGGUAGUAGCAACACUGCUCAACUUUUUCCAGCUUCAUCAACAGUACAGCAAGCUCCACAUGACAGCCAUCCUGUUGUGAACCACGGAGCGCAACCUGUAAUGGCCCAGCCAUUCGAGAUGCACGAUGCCGAGCAGUCCCACGCCACUCCGUUAAACUUCGCCCCAAAGCAACCACAGACACCUGCCACCCAUCCCGCAUCCAUACAGGUAGAUGACGAUCCGCUGGCUAGUUUAGGAUGGGCGAUCGAUGGACAAUCACAAGUGCCACCACUGACUAUGCAGUCCAAGCAAGGCCCUGCUGUCCUUAACAGUAGCGCCCAGCAGCCAACUACAUUCCCCUCUGGUCCUCAACGGACCACAAAUCCACCCAGUUCAACACAAAUAUCAAAUCAAGCUACUGCGCCAGUGCAGCAGGGGAACAUCGCAUAUCCUACACAGGCUUUGUUCCAAGCCCAUGGCCAACCUGAAACGCUGCACAUGCUUGCUCGAUCAUUUGUAACACAGCCCCAGACAGGGACUGCACCCAAUCCCCUGUGGUCUGGCCCAUCACAAGAGGGAUACUGUGACGGCUCAGCUCAGCACCAUUAUCAGCAAACACCAUCAACAUGGCAAACGAUGCCAUGA